UGUUUCGAAUUUUCAAAUCUUAUUAGUUUGAACUUUUGGUGUUUUGAGGAAAUUUUUGUGAUUAUUUGGUUGUGAAAUUUAGGAUUUUGGCAACAUGGGUUGGUCCAAAUCCGAUUAGGGAGGGCUCUCUUAUCAGAACGGAGCUGUUUUUCUGUACAUUUGAGAGAACCCAGAAGGUAGGAUUUGAUUAUUGUGGACAAGUUAAUAUGCGUUGCAGCUGCUUUGGUGCUUUGGUUGCUGAGAGGAAAAGGAAAUCUGGUUCUGGUCGAUUUGGUCAUGAUCUUGAUGAGAAUAUGCUGGAAAAUAUCAAGGCUUUCUCCUACAAUGAAUUAAGAUCCGCGACGGAUAAUUUUCAUCCGAGUGAUAAGAUAGGUCGAGGCGGUUUUGGAACUGUAUACAAGGCUAAGAAUUGUGGUAAAAGAGUUUAUUGUGGUUAGCUUAGAGGAAAAUGUGAGAUUAGCAAUUUGAAGAGUACUUUCUCCUCAUUUGUUUGCGUAAUAACAUGUGUAAGUUGUAAUUAUUAUUUUUCUCUUCAUGGCGUACUUAAAUUUGGAGAUCAGCAUAUAUUUGUUUUUGACAUUUCUUAGUAAAUGUAUUUGAAAACUAACUGAAGAAAGUAUCCAAUUUUUUAGCAAUUAAAAAAAUCACCUCAAUAAUUAGUUUUAUUCCAAUUUCUAAGCAAGGGGAAAAAACCUCUGAAGUUUCAAUGAAGAGAGUCGGAAGUUCUGAAUA